AUGACAGAGCAGGUAUACGCGCCCAUAAUCGACGACACGUUCACUCUGAAAGACGCCAUCACGCAGGUGCUAAAAAUAUCAUCAUCAAACAACAAAUUAAAAUGUGGCAUCCGGCAGGUGACCAAGACGUUGUUGAGGAGCGAUGCAAAGAUGGUUUUUAUAUCGAAGGAGAUCGAUGACAAGUACAGGGCUGUUGUUGUUGGGCUGUCUAAGAAGAGUGGUGUGCCGGUUGUUGUGAUCGAAAGUGGGGAUGAGCUUGCCGAUAUGGCACAGCUGGGGAGGACUACGUUGGCUGAUGUUAAGAAGAUGCCUAAGUGCAGUGCUGUUGCUGUUACUGAUUUUGUUAAGCACAGCGUGGGACGUACCUACAUUGAACAGAUGAUGAGUAAGGGAAAGUUAGGGAUGGUUGAAUAA